AUGGCUUCCCAUGCCAUCCCAAGACUUCCAGCUUCAAACAGCAUUCCCAAACUGAUUCCAGGAUCUCGCCGAAAAUCAGCCAACCCUUCACAUCCCUCCGAGUCAGCCCCCGAAACUCCUGCUCUCCCAUCUCCUCCUGCACCAGGUUCUAUACACUUCACCCCGCCGGUCAAAAGAAUCUUGUCAGCAGAAGAUCAUGAUAAGUUUCUUGCUUCUUCGACUUACAUCCUGCUGCAAGCAUGGAUCUUCAACCUAGCUAACUCGGUUCGAGGUCAAACCACCGCCUCGAUCGAUUCCCAUCAUUUAUCAGACACCAUCCGCCGACUCGACUCUGUCCUCGACCAGCUUGAAUCCCUCGUUCGACAACAUCCUGCUUUAGACACUGGCUCCAGGUUUGGAAAUCCAGCCUUUCGGAGCUUUCAUAAGGCAAUAAUUCGAGAUGUCGAGCGCAUGCAUAAAGAGACGCUGGGCCUAGGCGACGAGGAAGCAGUGCAAGAAGCUUCGGUGUAUCUGAUCAAUUCAUUUGGUUCUGAAGAACGCCUGGACUAUGGAUCUGGUCAUGAAUUGAAUUUCAUGGUGUGGCUGCUGUGUUUGUACCAGCUUGGGCAGAUCCAGACCGAGGACUUUCCAGCCAUUGUCCUGCACACCUUCUUACGUUACCUUGACCUGAUGAGAAAGAUACAGGUUACAUACUAUCUGGAACCCGCCGGUAGUCAUGGUGUUUGGGGUCUCGACGACUAUCAGUUCCUCCCGUUCUUGUUUGGCGCCAGUCAAUUGGUUGGGCAUUCCUACAUCACUCCUAAAUCUAUCCACAACAAUGUGAUAUUAGACGAGGAGGGCGACAAAUACAUCUAUCUCAAUCAAGUCAGAUGGGUGGAUAAUGUCAAGACCGUCAAAGGCCUUCGGUGGCAUAGUCCGAUGCUAGACGAUAUCUCUGGAGCAAGGAAUUGGCAAAAGGUGGAAGAUGGUAUGAGAAAGAUGUUUGUCAAGGAAGUCCUGGGCAAACUUCCUAUCAUGCAGCAUUUCCUCUUCGGAGGCCUUGUCCCUGGUACUGAGGAUAUGGGCCAACUGGAUCCGGAGACGGUUCGUCUCCAGGCCGAGAGAAUGCAGCAUGUCAAGGAACGCGGACACGAGCCAGACUAUUGGGGCGACUGCUGUGGUAUCAAAGUGCCCAGCACCAUAGCGGCUGGAGAAGAAAUGCGGAAGAGAAUGGGCACAUCAGGCGCACUUCGGCCAAUACCCUUUGACUAA